AUGCACUUCACAACUCUCCAGCUUCUCGUCGCCAGCCUCGCCCUAGGCGCCCCCCUCAACCAGGGCCUCAACCAGGGUAAUACGGAGGGCGUCAAGCAAUGCACCGAAUGCAGCACACGGGCAACCCCCGAUAUCCAGGGAACUCCCGCCGCUGGUCUGCCCAUCCUUCCCACCGACUGGGUUGACCAGUCAUUUCAUCAUAAGAUCCCUGCUCGGGACGCUGGCGCUGAUGGCGAUGUAUCUGCUGAUGUUGACGCCGAGGAUGACGAUGGGAAGAGGCAGGAUGAUGAGGCUAUUUCUGCCCGUGGUGUUGAAGAAGACGAAGCUGAGGAUGAGGACGAAGAGGCCGAUGACGAUGAGGAUGAGCACCAGAAAGUCGCUCGUGACGCCGAAGACGACGAGGCCGAUGAAGCUGAGGAUGAGGACAAAGAGGCCAAUGACGAUGAGGAUCAGCACCAGAAAGUUGCUCGUGAUGCCGAGGAUGACGAGGCCGACGAAGAGGGUGAAGAUGACGAAGCUCGCAGCCUCGAAAAGCGCAAGAGCAGGAGCCACGGCGGCAGCAGCAGCAGCAGCCACAGCAACAAAAACGACGACAAGGACAAGCCCAAGCCUAAGCCCACCAACACCAAGCCAGCCCCCAAGCCCUCCAAGACCCCCAAACCCUCCAAGUCUCCCAAGGCCACUCAACCUCCCAAGACCACUCAGCCUCCCAAGACCACUCAACCCCCCAAGAGCACACCCACGCCCAGCGCCAGUUCUUCCGCUAAAGUGUGCAAGAACAAGAACCUGAACAAAAGCAAGCGGGAGGUUGUCAGCACCCCUGUGGCCACUGCUGAGCCGACUUAUGUGAACUAA